CAGUCUGCAGCCGGCAAACGCAGAGGACGCAUCAGUGGAUCUGAUUUGGUCCAUACUURGCGACUAAACUUGACUUGUGCAUAUUUGUUCAAACGAAAUGAAAAGUUUAGAACUGGUUCAGCGUCGAUUUGUUGCUGGCGGUGUUUUCUUGGCCUUAUUGCUUUUACGCGCGCCGGCCAGUGGACAACCGGUUAAUGAUGAGUUGUCCGCGAACAAUGCAGAAGCCAAAGUUAUUUAUGAUCAAAGGCAAAGUGGUAAAUACAAUAUACGCAUCAAUAUUAAGGAUGUGGCUAUCAUAGAAAUGGAUAAUAGUGGCUUYGGUGAUGAGAACUUUGGCGAGGAAGAUUAUUAUUAUGACGAAGAGGAUUUAACGGUUAAGCCCUUAAAUUUCACCAAACCGCCGAAAGUAACGACUUCGCAUGAAGCGCUUUGCUCAGCAGAGUCACARCAAGUCACCUCAUCACCAACACAAGCAACAUUAUUGCCAACAAAAUUAGAGGAAUCCACAAACACGCAUUCGACAACAAUUGCAACGAGCGUGUAUCAACCAAAUUAUAACACCAACAUAUUGACAGACACCAUGUCAUCGCAAGCAACACCGAGUCAGACAACACCGGAAAGUAUCGGCACCAGUUUCAGACUACUUCCGUCACUCCAAUUGACUCAGUCGGUGUCUGAACCACGUUCACACCAUAGCAUAAUUUCCAGAUUAUCAACAGCGCGUCCAAUAAGCGAGUCUAUGAAGCCAACACUUAUCUCGCCAAUUGCUGUUCAAGAAUCACCGAAGUUCKCAGGAAGUUUACCAAAUGCUCAAAAGCGUCAUCACAACUUUGUAAAUAAAUAUAGCAUGCCGCAAACASCAAUUUCGCCGCUCUAUCCGCUGGCUAAAGGAUAUGGCCAACGUUGCCGAACACACCAAUACCGUGACGUAAAUGGCGGUUGUCGCAAUAAGCGCUCUUCUUCAUUUCUAAAAAAAUUGCUUAGCAUCAUUGCCACGUUUCCACGCGAGCUUGUCAAAGAUGUUCCUGACGAAUAAGCGCACAAAGAAAGCACGCGAUCCAGUUGAAUGUACGAGCACACACAGAUCGCAGCAUUAUAAAGGAAACAAUUUAAUGUGAAAAUUACUUGCAUAGAUACGUUUUAUAUUAUGCAUUAGGGCGAGCCAAAAAAAAAAAA